UGAAGGCGUUUUCAGUUAAAAACUUAAUUAGCUGCAGUUCGGACGCAAAGUUUUCAAGGGAACUUCAAGAGCUGUACUCAUAAAAUGAAUCACCUGGGCUCCAUACUGCUCCUCCUGCUCAUCAUGUGCAUUCAACGCUCACGACAGCAAGCCUUUGCGAAUUCCGAACCUUUGACGGAUAAUGGGAUUUACAUGCCCGGCCUGGAGGACGACCUGGACUGGUCGGGGGCUAAGUGGCAGCUGGUGGUCCGCUUUCUGAUGCAGCGCCAGCAGCUGCGUUUCUGCAUCGCACUGGCCAGAUUCGAUGAGCAGCUGGUGCCCGGCACAGCCUGCCAGGCUCUCCUGGCCAACGGCCCGCUCAUGGCCAACUGCGAUAUUGGUAACAUCGAGGACCUGACCAUGACCUUGCGCUACGCCUUCGGCGAAAUUCUGCUGGACACGAGUCGAAAGUGUCGUCCUGGCCUGGAGCUAUUCGGAGUUCGCUGCAGGCGGAGGGCUUGAAUAUUAUUAUUUUUAUUCCCAGAAUUAAAGUACGGACAUUUCAUAUUUCAGCAACGCCAACUGCCAAAUUAAAACAGUUUAGCUUAACAUUAA